AUGCUCGGCUCGUUCGCUCGCUUCGAUUAAUUACCCUCUUCCCCCCUCCCCCCCCACCCCCACCCCACUCGCCUCUCCCCUAUCGUCCCGCUUCAUCUCGCUUCGAAUCGACACGGUUCGAACACGAUCCUCCCCUCCCCCUCCCCCAUUUUUCUUGCAUACACGUUCACACCAAGCAAUAUAUUUUUUUAUUUUGUCGUUCGCGUUGUCGAACCGGCGGGUUCGAAAUCGAAAAACGUGGAGAAAAUUUUGUUUUCCAUACAAAAGCGGACGACGAAAGGACGAGGAACGAGAGAAGGAAGGAAGAAAGAAACGAUGGAUAUUUUCAGGCGGGACAUCGACGAGGGCAUCGCCGGUGAACAUCGUUGCGACGGCGACCGUGGUGACGGACGAGGCGUUACUCGGCGACGACGAGGUGGACAACUGCGAGGGGGAGAGCGAGGGGACGGAGAAAUCGACCCAGGAGGAGGACGAGGAAGUGGACGUGGACGUAGAGGAGUGCAGCAGCGUGGACGAGGGGCCGAUCCACGACGCGGUUUCGGCCGCGGCCAACGCGGCCGCGGCGGCUGCGGCCAAGUGCCAACAGGACGGCGGCUCGGACGAGAGGAGGGCGCAUCGGUUGAGGACCAGUUGCAACUCGGACGAGCUUCGGGACGUGGAGUGCCACCUCGAGACCAAGGAGUUGUGGGACAAGUUCAACGAUCUCGGCACCGAGAUGAUCAUCACGAAAACCGGCAGGUAAACGCAGCGACGCGUUUCGUGAAAAACCUUCCCCCUCCUCCCUCCCUCCCUUGUCGAGCUUCCUCGAUCCGACGGACGUCGUCCUCCUCUCGCCUUCGCGAGCUUUUUCGCGUUCACCUUCACCGGUUUUUCUUUUCUUCUUUCUUUUUUUUCUUUUUUCUCUUCUUUUAUACAGGCAAUAU